AUGGCAGAUGGAUCCAAUAGCUUCGAGAUGGAACCGGUCCCAGGGACGGUCCACCUGGUGGACCUAGACCAUAGCAUGCAAGCCCGACAUGCGGAAGAUGGAGAUAUUAUCCUGAAUCCAGCGCCCUCGAACCACCCUGAUGACCCGCUCAAUUGGUCUCCACGCCGCAAACUCGCGUCUACCAUCUGUGUCAAUCUCUAUACAUGGAUGACUGGCAUCGCGGUAUCAACAGUGUAUUCCGUACUCGUGCCCCUUUCAAAGGCCUCAGGCGUCUCUGUCUCCACGCUGAACGAAGGCACUGGGUACAUGUUUCUCUUUCUGGGCUGGGGUCUGCUUUUCUGGCAGCCCUUUGCCCUGCGAUACGGCAAGAGACUGACAUUUCUGAUAUCUAUUGUUGGAGCCAUUGGAACAAGCAUUUGGAGUGCGCAUGUUAAAAGUAACGGCGAGUGGAUUGCCCGAUGCAUCGUUACGGGCUUUUUUGUCGCUCCUGUGGAAGCGUUGCCUGAGAUCUCGGUCACGGAUGUAUACUUCACGCAUCAGCGGGGCUUCUACAUGGGCUUCUAUGCGUUGUCGCUGGCGGGCAGUAAUUACUUUGCCCCCAUCAUCAGUGGCUUCAUCGCCGAGGGCCAGGGCUGGCAGUGGGUUUUCUACUGGCCAGCGAUAUUCCUGGCUUUUACAUUGGUCUUUCUGUUCUUCUGUAUGGAAGAAACAAACUACGUUCGCAGAAUUGAUGGCGUUGCCGUCAGGACUGAUGCUUCGACAGCUGCUGUGGCGGAUGAAGAAAAGGCCAAUCUGGCAACUACACAGACAGCCGCGAGUGAGGAGGGGGGAAGACCUUCAACCAAGACUUUUGUCCAGAAGCUUUCCCUCUGGCAAACCUGCCCAGGCCCUAGUGUCUUCGAGCGAGCAAAGCGUAGUCUAGCCUACCUCGCCUGGCCCGUCAUCUUCUAUUCAGGGUUCAGCUACGGGUCAUACCUGAUAUGGUUCAACGUGCUGAACGCAACGACGUCCAUUAUCCUCGGUGGCCCCGGCUACAACUUCAAGCCCUCGAUGGUUGGCCUCAGCUACGUAUCGUGCUGCAUCGGCGUCGUCGCAGGCGCCCUUUUUUCGGGGCGUUUCAGCGACUGGCUCACGAUCAAACUCGCCCGCCGCAACAACGGUGUGAUGGAAGCGGAGCAUCGCUUGUGGCCAUUUGCCCUCUGUCUAGUCAUGGUACCCGCGUUCCUCAUCCUAUGGGGUGUGGGUGCCGCACACGGCGUACACUGGUUUGGCCUCGUCUUCGCAAUGGCCUGUGUCGCUUUCACUUCGUCGGUUGGCGUGACUAUCAGCGUCAACUACAUGAUUGACAGCUACCAUGACAUCAGUGGUGAUGCAAUCGUCACGGUGAUUCUCAUUCGCAAUACCAUGUCGUUUGCCAUCAGUUACGGUAUAACCCCAUGGCUAAGACACCUCGGCUACCAAAACUGCUUCAUCUCCGCCGCGUUUGUCGGCAUGGCUGCCUCGGCGGUAUUCCUGUUCAUGAUCAAGUAUGGAAAGGGCAUGCGUGUCAGGAGCAGCAGUAAGUAUUACAGCAUCGUCAAUGCCGAGAAGCACGUGUUGUAA